AUCUCCGUCUCUGGCAAGUCUACAAGAACAGCAUCAUCCAUCUCCAGCAAGCCCGAGUGAGCCUAACAGUCAGAUAGCGAGACAGGGUAUGUCGCCAUCGUCGGGUGCUCCCUACAGCCAUGCACGCUCCUCGAGCGGCUACCCGCCCCUGGGCCGGACGCCGCCCUCGAUGGGUCCUCCUCCGCGGAGCUCAUAUGACUACGACCACCGGCUGCCACCCAUCAGUGCUCCGUCCUCCCAGCAAGCAUCCCCGUCGCCGAGAUACCCGUACCAAACUGGGUCAGUCUCGUCGUCGUCCUACUUUCCUUACCACAACAGCGGCCACGGCGGCGAGAUCUCGUCGCCCCACUCGUCGGCCGGCGGACCGGCCACACCAGCUGGGCCAACCGCCGUUCGUCCGGGCAUGCGCGAGAGCAGCGCAAACAGCAGUCCAGCGGCUGCCGACACACCUGAUUCGGCCUCGGGACAUGCACCACCGGCAGCGAGCGCGGGCAGUGCGCGGGGCUUAAAGGGCGCUGCCUCCAGAUCAGCAGGCAAGCCAGCUUCGAAGCAGCAGCAGCAAGAGAUGGCGAAGGAUGGCGCAUCGGCGGGCGAGGCGCCGAAGCGAAAGAAGAAGGCAGUGAGCUGCGAAAAUUGCCGGAGGCGCAAGCUCAAGUGCGAUCGUGGCUUUCCCUGCGGUGCGUGCAGGGACCGCGAUGAGGCAGAUCUGUGCGCGUGGGAAGGUGGCACGAGACCUCAGGCCAUGGGACGGGAUCAGAGCAACACGCCCCUGCUCAUGCGGAUGGACCGCCUCGAACGACUGCUUGGGACCAUUGCGGCAAAGAUGGGCGUCGAUGAGUCGGCUGUGGACUCAGGCGAGGCGCGAGACGGGCUCGCAGCAGGUGCCGCAGCAUCGACGAGUGCGCUCCCCGCGACCAACAGCCACUCAAAGAGGCGGAGGACAUCGGACCCCGAUAUCCGGCCGUCGUCAAAGCGCUCCACUUCGUCGGAGCAAGAAUCUCUCAUGUCCCUCUGGCCUCUCAACUGGACCGCGCCCACACUCGAUCAGCAGAGAGCGGAGCUGUUCAAGGUCAUGGAGAUGCUUCCGGAUACAGGUUCGGUCAGGAGACUCUGCACAUACUGGUUCAAAGAGUUUGGCUGGAACACCCAUAUCAUCGACGAAGAAGACUUCUGGCAGCGCGGAUUGCGCGAGCACGAGGAACUCAGAGUCAUGUGGCAGGGCAACCGUGAUUUCCACAGUCGGCUAGGACCAAAGGAUAACGUCCGCGGUCAUCUGCAGUUUGUUGCCAUCCUCUGUGGCAUGUGUGGCUUCACCCUGCUCAACAACGAUCAAGACUUCAGAGACGUGGCCCUGCUCAUUGAUCAGGAUUUUGUUCCUGGUUACUUCUUCGAGGCAUCCACCAGGGCGUUCAAUGCGUCGGCGCCAUUCGACGAACCGACGCUCGACUCGAUCCGCGUCCUGAUUCUCCACUGCUGGUUCACCAUGUGUUUCCGAGGUACCCAUGUCGGCACCGCCGUCCUGGCAAUGGCUCUGAGCCAGAUGCAAGCGCUCGAACUAGACUUUGAACCACCACCGUCGAUGCCGCGCAAACAGGCCAUGGAUCGGUUGAAUCUCUUCGUGUCACUUGCGAGCCUGGACUGGUCUUCGUGCAUCUCGUUCAAGCGAUCCUACUCCCUUCAAGAGGAGCCGGUCAAGAUGCCAUACCUGUUUGGCGAGCGCACCCUCUCGUUCAAAGACUACGACGAAGAGCGGGAGCUUGUCACUCUCCAUCGCAGGAUCGCGCUGGAAAUGGCCAGGCUCAAUCGUCGUAUUGCUUCGAGGGCUGCCAUGACAGAGGAGGAUGCCUGGGACGAAACUGUACGCAUCCAAGCCGAUCUGGACCGCCUCUACAUGUCGCUGCCAUUCAUUGAAUACGAGACCAUCAUGCAGGAGGAGAUGACGGAAAUCGACCACACGAUGCAGGGCAGAAUGACGCUUCUUGUCACGAUCUCGAUCACGCUCGUCAACCUGCACAAGCGCUACUACAUCCAAGGCUGGCUCAACCCCGCCUACCGCACGUCCAAGGAGAUCUGCUUCGUCAGCUCUCGGCGCAUCUGCGGCCUCUUUCGCAAGAGCUUCGGGACGGUGCUGCCAAUUGAACAGGUCAUGAGCAUGUCCGUCGACGAGAUCCGCAGCUUCAUGGAGAAGAAUGCACGCUUCGUGACACGCAUGUGGCCCUUUUCGCACGCGAGCAUCAGCGCCUGCCUACUGCUGCGUCACCACAUCGCCAUGAUGGACGCGCACCCAACGGCUGCGGGCCCGAACGCGGAGCAGGUCCGUACCGACAUUAUUGAGGAUCUACGCGUGACGAUGCGGCUCUUGCUGGCCGUGUCGACGCGGUCGCAGGUUGCCAGGACAGGAGUGGCGGUGCUGGCGCACUCGAACAGCAGUCGUAAGAUUGCUGAGCUCGGAACACGACCACCGCUGCAAGGCUUUACCCCAGGUCCGCCCAGGUCGCCCAGAAAUCGUUCGGCUGCUACUGCCGCUGCUGUUUCACGAUCAGGGAGCGAUUCGGCCAUGGCAAGAAAGAGACAGAGAGAGCUUGCCACGGAUCUUAAGAAUAUCACUGGCUUCACCGACGGAAACGCUUUUGACCUUUCAUCGGCCUCGUCCUCGUCUUCGUCUUCGCUUCAAGCGCCACAAGCAGUCCAUCCUAUGACGAGCACCGCGUCCAGGAAUAACUACGAGGCAUACGACAGUCAAUCUGCGGCAAUGCCUCUGAACCAGACCUCAUCGUCGUCGGCGCCUGCCACCGUGGUAGAAGCUGCACCACCGCCCGACAAUGACGCCUACCGACAACUCGAGACUUUCCUCAAUGGCGCUUUCCAGACCGACACCUACACAGGUCAGCCGCUAGCGCCGGAGAUGACAUUUGAACGUCAAGCCGAUCGAAUCGGGGCGGCAGCUCCUCCCCUGCUACCAGGCGCCAUCCCAAGGCCAAUGUCGCCUUUCACAAGCGCGUUCAUGGGGAGCUGGGACAAUACCUUUAAUGUCCCAGCAGAUAACGGCACCGAUGGCAGCACUGCCAUCACUACUGGUGCUGCGCCCCAGGCGGGAUGGUAUUGAUCUAUGAUUCUUGCUUAUCUUCUCUUCUUCUGUAUUAGUAAGAUCAGACCCCUCAAUUGUGUGAAAUGAGUAAAGAAUGGUCUC